AGCAGUUUGGGAACAAGCAUGCUGGACUUUCUCCCUAGCGUAGCCCAGUUAGGAAAUGCCUGUGAUUGAGUUGAGUGACCUGCUGACCAGUGAGCACAGUGAAGAAGUGGAAUAACAUCCAGAGGGUGGUAUGCAGGAGAAGCAGAAGCAUCUGGGCCUGGGUUUCCUGAAAUCAUCACACCUGCAGCAGAAGGAAAAUGACUGAGUUGAAGUACAUUUCUGGAUUCGGGAAUGAGUGUGCCUCAGAGGACCCUCGCUGCCCAGGUGCCCUACCAGAAGGACAGAAUAAUCCUCAAGUUUGCCCCUACAAUCUAUAUGCUGAGCAGCUCUCAGGAUCAGCUUUCACUUGUCCACGGAGCACCAAUAAAAGAAGCUGGCUGUAUAGGAUUCUACCUUCAGUUUCUCACAAGCCUUUUGAGUUCAUUGACCAAGGCCACAUCACUCACAACUGGGACGAAGUUGAUCCUGAUCCUAACCAGCUGCGAUGGAAACCAUUUGAGAUUCCAAAAGCCUCUCAGAAGAAAGUGGACUUCGUGAAUGGCCUGCACACCUUGUGUGGAGCUGGAGACAUCAGGUCCAACAAUGGGCUUGCUAUCCACAUUUUCCUCUGUAACACCUCCAUGGGGAAUAGAUGUUUUUACAAUUCAGAUGGAGACCUCUUGAUUGUUCCCCAGAAAGGGAAACUUCUCAUUUACACCGAGUUUGGCAAGAUGCUUGUUCAGCCCAACGAGAUCUGCGUCAUUCAGAGAGGAAUGAGGUUCAGCAUCGAUGUCUUCGAGGAGACUAGAGGCUACAUCCUGGAGGUUUAUGGAGUCCACUUCGAGUUGCCUGACCUGGGACCAAUUGGAGCCAAUGGCUUGGCCAAUCCUCGUGAUUUCCUGAUACCUGUUGCCUGGUAUGAAGAUCGCCAAGUGCCAGGUGGUUACACUGUGAUUAAUAAAUACCAGGGCAAGCUAUUUGCUGCCAGACAGGAUGUCUCCCCAUUCAACGUUGUGGCUUGGCAUGGGAAUUACACCCCCUACAAGUACAACUUGGAGAACUUUAUGGUCAUCAAUUCAGUGGCCUUUGACCAUGCAGACCCAUCCAUUUUCACGGUAUUGACUGCUAAGUCUGUACGCCCUGGAGUGGCCAUCGCUGAUUUUGUCAUCUUCCCACCUCGAUGGGGGGUUGCUGAUAAGACCUUCAGGCCUCCUUAUUACCACAGGAACUGCAUGAGUGAAUUCAUGGGACUCAUCAAAGGUCACUAUGAGGCAAAGCAAGGUGGAUUCCUGCCAGGGGGAGGCAGCCUGCACAGCCCAAUGACUCCCCAUGGGCCUGAUGCCAACUGCUUUGAGAAGGCCAGCAAAGCCAAGCUGGCACCUGAGAGGAUUGCUGAUGGCACCAUGGCAUUUAUGUUUGAGUCUUCUCUAAAUAUGGCCGUCACCAAGUGGGGGCUGAAGACCUCUAAUUGUCUGGAUGAGAACUACUACAAAUGCUGGGAACCUCUCAAGAGCCACUUCACCCCCAAUUCCAAGAACCCUGCAGAAACUAACUGAUACCGGAGCAUGAUGCCAUAGUUGAGAAUGGAUUUGUGUGAUUUCCUUCAGAAUCUCAUGCCCUUUGGUGGUAUUCGGGGAGGGGGGUUGGUUAAAAUGGGAACUCAGUUUCUCAUAGUCAAGGAACUUAAACAUUUUUAAAAAUGUAUUAAGUUCUGUCAGCUUAAUUACUCAAUAAAUACUUGCUGGUGUUCUGUGAAA